AUGAUAUAUAGCCUGCCAUCGUCAGACGAGAUACAGACAGUUCAGUUACAACCUAGCCACUAUAGGCCGAUCACACCAGCAAAACGGCCCUAUGAAACUGGGAGGAUCAGUUUCGAUGACGCCGAUUUAGUUGGAGUGACUCUCCCACACAUCGAUCCCCUCGUCAUUAAGCUACACAUCAACAGAUUCACCAUUGAACGUGUUCUCAUCGAUCAGGGAAGCACUUCAGAAAUAAUGUACCACAACGCGUUCGUUAAACUCGGCUUAAUGGACUUGGAUUUGUUGCCUGCCGAUUGCCCAUUAUUCGGCUUCAACGCUAACCCGGAGUAUCCUUUGGGAAAAAUCACACUACCAGUUCGGGCAAGCACCAGAUCGGUAGAUGUAGAGUUUCUGGUUGUCAAACUUCCUUCACCAUGCAAUCUCAUCAUAGGAAGAACUUGGUUACAUAUCAUGCAAGCCGCACCAAGCACUUACCAUCAGUUACUUCGUUUUUCGAUUGAGUGCAAAAUUGAACAAAUUUGGGGUUCUAAAAAAUCGGCACAUGCAUGCCAUCUUCUUGUUGCUGCGAAGAAGGCAAAAGAACUGGAAGUGAAUUCGAUUGAAAUACCGGAUUGGGAAAGCCUUGAGGACAUUGGGAAGAUCCCCAGUGAAAAGGCAACUGAAGAUCUGGAUUAA